GAUACAGAUUGUUACGAACCAGCUGACCUGAUGUCCCCAAUACUGUUAGCUGUGUUCACCUUGUGAGCUGUCUCAUUACUAGCGGGUGAUUGGAUUGUUGCGUUAUAUUGACCCGAGAAUGACAAAGUUUAACUUGGCGAAGCUCAGAAAGACACUUAGAACUCCUCAAAAGCAUUCACCAAGUCUAAUUAAAAAACAGACGAAAUCAUUUUCAAGCUUAAAACAUAGGAAAAAGCAAAACAGCUUUGAUUUACUAAUAAAUGCAUCAAUGUUCCGAUUUUUGAAUGAAAAGCUGUAUACUUGUUCAAGCAAAGAAGCAGUGAAUUUGUUUAAGGAGGAUCCUGAAGCAUUCAAUGUAUACCAUGAGGGUUAUCAGCUGCAGUUGUCAAAGUGGCCACAAGAUCCCAUCCUUUGGGUUAAAGAUGAGAUCAUUAAGCAUUCUUCAGGUUUUGUUAAUAGCUGUAAAGUAGCAGAUCUUGGUUGCGGCGAUGCCCGGUUAAGUCGCAUGUUGUCCACUAGAUACAAGGUGUACUCUUUUGAUCUUGUAUCCUCAAACGAACACGUUAUUGCUUGUGAUAUGGCUCAUACACCCCUCGAAACAAAUGAAGUUGAUUUCGCUGUAUUUUGCUUAUCCUUGAUGGGAACUAACUGUUCGGAAUUUUUAUAUGAAGCAAAUCGCAUACUAAAAUCGGAAGGACUUCUGCUGAUUGUAGAUGUAGCAAGUCGCUUCGAUGGAGAAUUCAAUAAUUUUUUGAAAAAGUUGAAACGUUAUGGAUUUUCCAAGCAAUUCUCGGAGACAACUAGCGAUACAUACUUUGUUCGUGCGCUCCUUCGUAAAGUUUCUUCCUGCAUUACUGAUUCUGUAAAAGGCCUACCGAAAUUGAAGUUAAAGCCUUGUUUAUAUAAAAAGAAAUAAAUGAUAUUUGUAUCCCAUGAUUGUAUAUCCUAUCAAAUAUAUAUCUUAACAAAUUUGCUCAACGUUUUGUCUGUGUAGUAUCUUUGUGCCUGUAACUGAUAACUAAACAUUUUAUUCAAUAGGACAUCACAACUGCUUCAUUUUA